AUGAACUUGACGCAGAACGCAGAGAAAGUAGCCUUGCUUCACCAACAAGGUUCUCAACAAGCAGAGUUGUUGAGAGAACAAGGUGCUCAACAGUUUGAACUGUUGAGACAGCAGCAGGCUGCUGCUGGCGGGUCGAUGCACUCGCGUCGGCCCGAGACUUUGAAGAUUGACAUCUCAAAGGCGCGUCGCAUCGACGACGGGGAUAUGCAAGUUGCAUUUGCCCAGUCAAAUCUGGCAGGACGUGCCAAGACUUGGGCACUGGGGCUCAAGCUGCACGACCCAUAUGCGUUUGGGUCGUUGGAAGUCUUCAAGUCGCGGCUCAGACAAACGUUUGAACCGCCUAGAGCUGAGUUCAGAGCUCGAACCGAACUCUUGAAGCUCAAGCAGGGUAAGCGUGAUGUGCACGCUUACGCUCAACAUAUACGACAUCUCACGAGUUGUAUAAGUUCCAAUCCGGUGGAUGAACACACGUUGGUUUCGGUGUUCAUGCGGGGUCUUGCGGAUGGUCCCGUCAAGACUCACCUGUUCCGGCUUGAACUAGAUUCACUAGAACAAGCCAUUUCAAUUGCGGAGCAGGAAGACUUCAGUCUGAGACAGGCUCGCGCCAGCUCGACAUCAUAUCGUCAACCGAGACGAUAUGACAACGGAGGUCCAGAGCCGAUGGAACUCUGUUAUGUAGAGAGCGAGAAGGCUCGCUCUACAGGCUACAAGAAGUUGCAGAGAUGCAACAGAUGUCAAAAGACAGGACACUACGCUUACGAGUGUAGUGCCCCUCGUCCAGUGUCUCGCGACACUGGGCGUAGUGACCGUCCACCCAUGAGAAAGGGGCAGGGACGAGGGUCCGCAGUUGGUGCAAAAGACGCAACAACGGGAUGGACCGUCAAAAAACGGACAGGAUCAGUAGGUGCGGAGCACCCUGCUGAUCCAGCAACGUCAAGAGAAUUUGUAGGCCUCUUGAUGAAGGUUGCUCCCAACACACAGACAUUGUGCGUUGCUGCUCUAGGUAAUGAGAUCUCACUCAUUACCUUGAAACUCGAAGUGACGAAUAAGUUGUCCCUUCGAGCUCUAGUCGAUUGUGGGGCGUCCAACAAUUUUGUGCGACGCCAAUCGCUAGAAGAUGGUCACUUUAAAUUCAGUGAAUGUGACACACCUCCUACGAGGAUGACGGUACGUCUUGCGACAGGCGCAUCCGUAACCGUCAUGAAGCGUAUAGUGAAGAUUCACUAUACGCUAGAAGAUACCCAAUACGACGAUGACUUUAUCGUAUUGGAUUUGGAUGACAAAUUUGAUGUCAUCCUUGGAAUACCGUGGCUCAGAAGGUACGAACCACGGGUAAACUGGCAACAUCGGACAGUAACGAUGCCUGCCGCUUGUUCAUCAGAUGGCCAUCUGAUGAACGUUUUGGAAACGUCCACAAGCGUGUGGAUGUACUACGAGUGA